AUGAGUAGAUCUCCUCCUCCUCCUCCUCCUUCCUCCUCCCUCCUCCUCGCUCCUCCCCCCCUGAGGUGACCGCUCAGCCAAUCAGCGGCUUCACUUCCUGCUCCUCAGCCAACGACGACGAAUGUGGUUGACUUGACAACGGAGAUAAAAAAAACAUUUUUACUAACUUUUGCGUAAAGUCGAAACUAUUAAAAUCCUCUCAAACUCCACCGGAGCACAGGGGUCGCUGGUCCCGGCGGUCCUCGGUCCGUGUCGCCUGUAGAAGCUGUGUUCGCUCUGGGAGCAGCUGAUCCGUCAUGUGAUGGUGAACAUGAGUUGUUGAAAAGUUCUCGUCAACACUUUCCUCGGGUGGAGUUCGGUCAUUCGUGCAGCGUGAGUUCGUCCCCGUGGAGAGAUGGAGGUGAACCGUCUGGACUUCUACAUCGGUCUGUCUCUGGCUCUGAGCUCCAGCGCGUUUAUCGGUUCGAGUUUCAUCCUGAAGAAGAAGGGCCUCCUGAGACUGGCCAGCAAGGGCUCGAUGAGAGCAGGUCAAGGGGGUUAUGCGUACCUGAAGGAAUGGCUAUGGUGGGCCGGACUUAUUUCAAUGGGAGCUGGAGAGGCGGCUAACUUCGCUGCAUAUGCAUUUGCACCUGCCACACUGGUGACGCCUCUUGGAGCAUUGAGCGUUCUUGUGAGUGCUGUGCUCUCCACGUACUUCCUGAACGAGCGGCUGAAUGUGCACGGGAAGGUUGGUUGUCUGCUGUGCGUCUUGGGCUCCACUGUGAUGGUGAUCCACGCCCCGCAGGAGGAGGAGGUUGUUUCCCUCACUUCCAUGGCAGAGAAGCUCAAAGACCCAGGUUUCAUUGUGUUUGCUGUGUGCGUUGUGGGAAGCAGCCUGGUUCUUAUCUUUGCUGUGGCCCCGCGGUACGGACAGAGGAAUGUGCUGGUCUACAUCCUGAUCUGCUCUGUGAUUGGCUCCCUCUCUGUGUCUUGUGUCAAGGGCCUGGGCAUUGGCAUUAAGGAGCUGUUUGCCGGGGUAGCAGUGCUGAAGGAACCCCUGUUCUGGUCCUUAAUCAUCUGCCUGAUAAUCUGUGUCAGCGUUCAAAUCAGUUACCUGAACAAAGCCCUCGACAUCUUCAACACCUCACUAGUCACGCCCAUCUACUACGUCUUCUUCACCACGUCUGUCAUGACCUGCUCAGCAAUCCUGUUCAAGGAGUGGCUGAGUAUGUCCACGGACGAAGUGGUGGGUACAAUUAGCGGCUUCCUCACAAUCAUCUUAGGGAUCUUCCUCCUCCACGCCUUCAAGGACAUUACAUUCAGCCUGGAUUCCCUCCCACUGUUCCUGAGGAAGGGCUCUCAGGGUUUCCACAGGGCCACCAGCCGUUACCCGGCUCCAGCCACGACAGCCAAGCAGACGUUGUUAUGAAGCUGCAGAGAGGAGGUACAAAAGCGGCACUGGGCCUACACCAGAGCUCCUUAACACUGUUGUCAAUACUAAGAAAUGUUGCUUUUUGCAAUUCUAAAGCUUUAAUGCACAACGUUUUACAAUGUGAGUGACAAGUAGGUUACUAAUUCUGAACUUCACGUCUGUCUUAAACAAUGUAUUGUGCACUGGGAGAAGAAAUUUGCCUUAAAAUGAACAUAACUUUGCAGUCAACACACUGGAAUCUAUGUACAAUGUAUGUUCAUGUCGUUCAGAGUGGUACAUCCACAUCUUUUUUCAUUUAGCUAUAAUUUAUUUAUAUAUAUGUUGCACUGCUGUGCACAUUUUUUACAGUGUGUUAAGUGGCCUAAGCCACGUUGUGCCUUCUUACUGAUAAUUAUAACAUAUUUCAAAUUUUGCACUUUUAACCAAAAUUAUCAAAAUAUUGUAUAAAUCUGAUUUAUGUGAAAAAAUCGUAAUUUUCCGUGAAUGUAUUCAAUCUGUGUGUGAAUAAUUCUUAUGCGUUUCUGUUAAUACCUCGUACAAAUCGCACCAAAGAAUGUUCUUUCCCUGUAUGAAUUCGCCAAACGAAACAGUAUUUGUUGUGUUUUUUCACAGUGCUGAUUAAAACAUAACUACGACAUGA